AUGGAGGGCCAACAAACUAAUUCUUUCGUGCCUGUGAUAGCACGACUGGAUCGUCUUGAACGUGUGCUCCUCCUUUUGGAAGAGAAACAUAAUAAUAGAGUGUCGAAACGAGACGAAUCAGAUGAUGACGAUGAUUUCGGCACGGCGGCAGAGAGCAACAAUGGGUGCAAGACUCUUUCCUCAGCUUUAGAAGAAGUCCAACAGAAAGGCACACUCCUACACCGCCUCGCACUUCUCGAGAAUCGAGUUUUGCAGCUAAGCCUGGAAAUGGAUGAGGGGAACACAUCUAAGUCGAGCUUGUCGACAGUUGAACUAUCCGAAAACAAUGAAAAGCGGUUCGAAAUGUUUGUUCCCAAUAACGAUAUGCCGGUCGAUCAACCGGCCGCGGGAACUUAUAAACCCAAAACACAAGUACAAAUGGCAGAAGUGUUUGUGAAAGAAAUAGCAUCUCAACAUAAAGGCGGACAGUACAGAAAGAAGAGCAAAACUAGAUGGCCGCUAGGGCUGCUUCGACUUGGAUGUUGA